AUGUCUGUGAAACACGCUAUCAGCCGGGGGCUCGAGUUGGGCCGGUCGGUCCUUCAGCUCGGUCUCCUCAAGUCGGGCGGCCGAUUCGCAGCAAAGCUCCGAGCGGUCCGCCUCCGUGUCGGGCCGUUGGCCCGCACCGUCCAGCCUCAGGCUUUCCUGCCCUCUCGGUACCGCUACUACCGCUCCUCUUUGACGGGCCUGGCCGCCCAGCUCCAGUCCGCCGGCUUCAGGAGGAGGUUCGGCGGCGGCUCCCCGCGGAACAGGGCCGUGUUCUUGGCUUUCGGUCUCGGCAUGGGGCUGAUCGAACAGCAGCUCGAGGACGACAGGACGAGUGCGGCGACAUGUGACGAGAUCCAGGCAGUGUUCAGGAAGAAAAGAUUCCAGAGCCCAUUCAAACCAUUCACCUCUGGAUAUAAACUGGAGGAUUACACUAUUGGGAAUCAGAUUGGGAAAGGCUCCAAUGCUGCCGUGUACGAGGCUGCAGCUCGGUUUGCACCUCAGGAGAGUAACGGCAAGUGCUCCAAGAUUCAGCCGGGAGGAGAGGAAGAGCAAGAAGAGACAACUCGAUCUCUGACAUGCUGCUCCCUUCAAACUUUCCCGAUGGCUGUCAAGAUGAUGUGGAACUUUGGGGCAGGGUCGUCAAGUGAGGCGAUAUUAAAAUCCAUGUCACAGGAGCUGGUGCCUGCAGGCCCCCUGGCCCUAAAUCAAGAGAAAGAAGAAAUCACUCUGGAUGGACAUUUUGGGGUCCUGCCCAAGAGAAUGUCGGCACACCCUAAUGUGAUCCGAGUGUACCGGGCUUUCACAGCGGACGUCCCAAUGCUACCAGGUGCCCAAGAAGAGUAUCCAGCUGUGCUGCCAGCCAGGCUUAACCCUGAUGGUUUGGGCAACAAUCGCACUCUUUUCCUCAUCAUGAAGAACUACCCCUUCUCACUGCGACAGUACCUGGAGGUGUCCACACCGGGCCGCAGACAGGGCUCCCUGAUGGUGCUGCAGCUCCUCGAGGGGGUUGACCACCUGUGCAGACAGGGUGUUGCUCACAGGGAUCUCAAAUCGGACAACGUGCUGUUGGAGUUUGACUCGGACGGAUGCCCUCGUUUAGUGAUUACUGACUUUGGCUGCUGCCUGUCCCAGAGGGACUCUACUCUAAAGCUGCCUUUCAACAGCAUGUGGGUCAACAGAGGAGGGAAUGCCUCCCUAAUGGCCCCUGAGGUGAUCACUGCAGUUCCAGGGUGUGGUGUGGUGAUUGACUACAGCAAGGCGGAUGCCUGGGCAGUGGGGGCCAUCUCCUAUGAGAUAUUCGGCCAGCCCAACCCAUUCUAUCGGGCAGUGAGACUGGAGAGCAGGGACUACCAGGAGGCGUGGCUUCCUCCUCUGCCCUCCGAUGUUCCAGCUGAUGUCCAGUUAGUGAUCCGAUUCCUCCUCAGGAGGAGCCCAAGCAAGCGCCCCAGUGCCCGGGUGGCAGCGAACAUGCUACAUCUUAGCCUCUGGGGAGGGAAGGUCCUCGCCAACCAGGACAGCGUUGGCAUGAGAAAGCUGGCCGAUUGGCUGCUGUGCCAGUCGGCCGUGGUUCUUCUGAAGGGCUGCAGUGGACCCAGUGGGAACAUGGUGGAGGCGGAGCUACAGAGGAGCUUCCUGUCCAACCUGGACCUGGAAGACCUGCGCACCGCUGUGGGCUUCCUCCUGUUUGGCCGAGAGCAGCAUCAGGCCUGCGUUCGGUCGGCGUAGAGCCACUCCCACUCAUUCAGGCAGAGGAGUCAUCGGUAUGAAUUUACUGGGAGCCUCAAGUUAAAACUUGCUUUGAUUUUCACCGACACAUCUUUGUUUGGGAUAUUUGAAUCUAAUGUCUGUUAAGGCAAACGUCACUGACACUGUACUCUUUACACUGUUGCACGUCAUCUAAAACACUCAGUAUAUUACAACAGUUAAUAUGCAUUUUUAGAUGGUUUAAUUCACCCCUUAACUUAUGUUGUCUAUUGGUGCUCAACUUUCUCCUCUUCAUUUCCUUGAAUUGUCUUGGAGAACUAACCUUGUUAUCUCUUGUAUCUUUAUUAUGAUUAUUGUGAGCACCAGACAACUUAAUUGUCCCAACGAUGGAAGCUACACAGUAAAAUUGGCUGAGUAAAAUUUACUCAAAUUGAAUACAAUUUUACUCUAAAGACAACAUUUGGUCCCAGUCCAAAUAGAGUAAAAUUUACUCUUAUGACAGUUAAACUUUCAGUUAAAUUUACUCUAUUUAGUGCAAGAAUUUUACUCUACCUGAUAAUUCACU